UGUUCUUAUCAAAUAUUAUUUACAAUUUAUUUGAAACAACAUUUAGUAUCAGCAAGUUCGAACUGCCUGAAAUGUAUCAUUAAUAAAAAUGAAGGUUUUUAAUUUAACUUUUGUCCGGUCAUUAUCUCACGUGUGUAGCUUAAAACCUUAUAAAGAUACAAAAUGGCUUAUGCCGAAUGGAAACCCUACAGGUAUUUACGUUUAUAAUUGUAUUGCGAACCAACGGGUGCCAGUUAUUUUAAAUGAUCCUCACAUCGCUACCUGGUAUUCCUGUGGCCCCACGGUAUACGAAUCUGCUCACAUAGGUCACGCCAGCUGCUAUGUGAAACUCGAUAUCAUACAGAGAAUUCUCAAAUCGUUCUUCAAUAUAAAAAUCGUCUCCGCCAUGGGUAUUACGGAUAUAGAUGACAAAAUCAUUAAGAAAGGCCUCGAAAGUAAAACACACUUCACAAAUAUUGCUAAACAAUAUGAGCAUGAAUUCUGGCUUGAUAUGGCAUCAUUGAAUGUAGCAAAGCCACUCAUCAUAACGAGGGUAUCGGAACACAUUAAUAGUAUUGAGAAAUUCAUACAGAGGCUUAUUGAUAACAACAUGGCUUAUGUAAGUAAAAACGGUUCAGUAUAUUUUGAUACCGAUAAAUUCUCAAACUAUGGAAAAUUACAAAAAAUGCAAGACAGUGGUGAACCAUCAGAUGAUGAAAAAAGAAAUAAAAUGGACUUUGCUCUUUGGAAAAGUCACAAGCCCGAGGAACCCUAUUGGGAUACCCCCUGGGGUAAAGGCAGACCUGGCUGGCAUAUAGAAUGUUCUGCAAUGGUCAGCAAAGUAUUUGGAUCACAAUUAGACAUCCAUGCUGGAGGAGUAGAUCUACAAUUUCCUCAUCAUGAAAAUGAAGAGGCACAAUCAUGUGCAUACCACAAUAUACGACAGUGGGCUAACUAUUGGAUUCAUGUUGGUCAUUUAAAUGUUAUUGGUGAUACAAAAAUGUCCAAAUCACUACAAAACACUAUUUCAAUACCUGACUUAUUGAAAUCAUAUAAUGCAGAUACAUUCAGAAUGGCCUGUUUGUUAACAAACUACAGGUAUUCAAUGGAAUUCAGUAAUCAGCUUAUGGAAACCGCUGAAAGUGUUUUAAAUAAAUUUAAGUUUUUCAUAACAGAUGCUACUAUUUAUAUAAAUAACAAUGCAACAUCGGUUAGUGCCGUUUACUCAGAUCACAUAUUAAAAAACCUACAGAAAACAGAGGAGGCCAAUUUUGAAGCUUUGAAAGUAGAUUUUGAUACAGCAACUUGCAUAAAUAAUUUGUUAACCUUACUUUCGGACACAAACAAAAUUAUAAAAUCAGAUCCGUGUGAAUAUUGUCCUGUCCCAGUGACAUUGAUAGUUGAAUACAUAGUUGAUAUUCUUACAAAAUUUGGAUUGAAACUUCAAGAGAGUGAGGACACUGUUUUAUCAAACGCAAUGAUAAAUACUAUAGUUGAAUUUAGACAUUCUGUACGAUUGAAUGCAAUUUCUAGCAAAAACUAUGAGCUAUUGAGCGCAUGUGAUAUUGUCCGUGAUAAAAUGAAAUCAAUGAAAGUCCAAAUCAAUGAUAGUCAUAAGACUCCAUCUUGGGUUAUAACCAAAUAAUGCAACUGAUGUAUGUAUAUCAGCUUUACCAAAAUAAGGUGUGCAUAGUAAGUAGAUCAUGUAACAUAAUGUAAGCACACAUUUUCAUAGUUUUGUUUCAUGUGUAAUAAUAAUAAAAUGUCAUUUUCAAUUCAUUGUUAUCCCAGUGAAUCUGAUAAGUGGAAGAUCUGGACUUACUGAGCAGUGACUGAACUGGAUGGUUGUUUUUAGCGUUCAUGCUGGUUUGUUUUUCGAAAAACAUUCAAACAGAAUGAACAUUUCUGAAAAUCAAAAGUUAUAACUCUAAUUAGAUUCUGUAUCUGCAGAUUCAAAUAAAACCCAGAUUAAUAAAAUAUUUUCUUUUUAAUUAUUAAAAGAAAAUAUUUUAUGUAUAAUAUU